ACCGGAAGACGUAUUUGUCAUCCAGGAAGCGGCGAUAAGGCAGCGAAGCCUGCAGUUGAUGUGUUAACUAAAAUAGAGAAGGGAGGAUGAGCAGCUCAGAGGAGGUGUCCUGGAUAUCCUGGUUUUGUGGACUCAGGGGGAAUGAGUUCUUUUGUGAGGUUGAUGAAGACUACAUACAGGACAAGUUUAACCUGACAGGUUUGAACGAGCAGGUGCCUCACUAUCGCCAGGCUUUGGAUAUGAUUCUUGACCUGGAGCCAGAUGAGGAACUUGAAGAUAACCCCAAUCAGAGUGACUUGAUAGAGCAGGCGGCAGAGAUGCUCUACGGGCUCAUACAUGCACGUUACAUCCUCACAAACAGAGGCAUUGCACAGAUGUUGGAAAAGUACCAACAAGGGGAUUUUGGCUAUUGCCCCAGAGUCUAUUGUGAGAAUCAGCCAAUGCUUCCUAUUGGUUUGUCUGACAUCCCUGGAGAAGCAAUGGUGAAGCUUUAUUGCCCAAAGUGCAUGGAUGUCUAUACCCCCAAAUCCUCCAGACACCACCACACAGAUGGAGCCUAUUUUGGGACGGGGUUCCCCCACAUGCUGUUCAUGGUGCACCCAGAGUAUCGCCCAAAGCGCCCAGCCAACCAGUUUGUGCCAAGGCUAUACGGUUUCAAAAUUCACCCGAUGGCUUAUCAACUUCAACUUCAGGCUGCAUCAAGUUUCAAAAGCCCAGUCAAGACAAUUCGCUAGAAAUCCACUUUGAUGCACACAGUGGACUUAAAGACUUUGUUGUUUACUACUGGUUUGAAGGAAUGGAUUAAAUAUUUCCAAUGAAUGCCUGUACAGUUUCCCAAACUCCCCUCUGUCUCAAUAGACCCUCAGAAUCAGACGUUCUCUUAUUUAGUGAAACACAGUUACAGUUGAGCAGGUUAGUUUUUCUGCAUUAAACAUGAACUUCAGUGUUUGACUUUAAUUGAUGUCAAUCCAUCUUUUCACAUUUUAGAGUUGUUUCUUAGAAACAGAAAAGUGGCUUUAACUUUGUGAUAAUGAGACCUACAAUGUGCUUUGUAGCUGAAUCGCAGGUGAUUGAAUGAAUGUAAGAGAAAAUCUUGCCACCAGCCCGACAGGUUUGCCUUAUCAGCGAUAAGAGUCGAGUUAGCAUUAAGUCACAUCCAAUCAUAUGAGCUUGUGCUGCGGAACAUAUUUUGGAAUCUGCAUAAGAUUUUAUUAUGUUGAGAUAAAGGAUUUUAUUUGAAAACAGCAAUAUGUUCAAAUGUGAUCAGGUGCUACUUAAAUGAAACAAUGAAUACCAAAUUAAAGGUGAGAAGUUAUCUUAAAAAAGGACCUACCCUUAAUUUAGAUUUUAUUAUUACGCUGUUUAUUUUCCUUGAAUUCAGUGGCUUUGGAUGUACUUUCUUUAGGCAACUGUAUUAGUGUUUUCCCGAUAAUCCUGUGUUUGUGGUUUCAUCAUGUUUACAUUAUUACGGUAUUACAAUCUUGACCGAUGUUACAUUUUUUUCCUUUUAAGAGUUGAUUGAACAUGCAGCAACAUCUCGCAUGGAGCAAGUGAAUGCCAUUAAAUAUUUAUUUCUCAA